UAUCCAACCAAGAAAGAAACAUUUCUGGCAAAAUGGUGGAAUCAAAUUUCACAAAUUUUGAUAAACUUCCUGAAGAUAUAAUCAUGGAAAUAUUAUCAAUUUUGCCUGUGAAAUCAAUAUUGAAAAUCAAAUCUGUCUGCAAAUACUGGUACAUACUCAUUCAAUCUCCAAAUUUUAUUAUCAAACAUUUUUGUCACAAAAGAAGUUAUGCAAUUCCCUUUGUUCAUCUUUAUUUUUUGGAUACAAAACAAUUAUCUAUGUCCAUUGAUGAAUACCCUUUACUUCAAGAUUUUUACUUGCAUAAAUCCACUUCUUUAAAGCCAAUAAUUGGUCCCUUGAAUGGACUUUUUUUUGUCCAUAAUCUUGAUAAGAAUGAAAUGGCUAUAUGGAAUCCAGCAACAAAAGAAAUCAAGAAAAUAAUAGUACCAAGUCCACCUUUUUAUCCUUGUUUUAGUAGGCUAUGUUACUCGGAUUCUCCAGAAAUGUUGCAGCACUCGUGUCAGAUUCUCCAGAAAUCUGAUGCUUUUGGAGGUUUUGACAUGCACCCGUCGGCAGUUUUGAAGAUUCCUAGCAACAAUGACUUUAGGUUAUGUUGCUCUGACUCUCCAGAAAUGCUGCCGCACCCAUGCCGGAUCCUCCAGAAAUGUGCCACUUCUAGAGGUUCUGACAUGCACCGGUCGACACUUCUAAAGAGUCCUAGCAACAAUGGUUUUAGGCUGUGUUGCUCUGACUCUCCGGAAAUGUUGCCGCGCACAUGUCAGAUCCUCCAGAAAUAUGUUAUUGCUUCUGGAGUUUCCGAUACACACCUGUCGUCGUUUUUGAAGAGUCCGAGCAGCAAUGGUUUUGGCCUAUGUUGCUUCAACUCUCACCCAUGUCAGAUUCUCCAGAAACAUGUUGCUGCUGCUUCUGGAGAUUCCGACAUGCACCCAUCAACAUUUUUGAAGAGUCCGAGAUCUUAUGCUCAUCAUUUUGGAUUUGGAAUGGAUCCUUGGAGUAAAGAUUACAAAGUUGUAUGGAUAAGGGAUUAUUUUUGGAAAGAAGAAACAUUUACAAGAAGCACUUCAGCUGUUAUUUCAGUUUAUUCACUAAGUACUGAUUCUUGGAGGCAUUUUGAGGACAACACAUUUUUGAGUAGUCAUAUAGUUAUGUCAUAUUUUGAUUCAUAUCUUGAUGGAUUUUAUUAUUGGAAGAAAAUCGAUACGGAUCGACGUUGUGAAAUUCUUGCAUUUGAUUUUAGAAAUGAAAAAUUUCAAGUGAUACAAACUCCAAAUGUGUUCAAUCCAAAUAUAGGAACACUUGGUUUGUAUGAUGGUUAUGUUUCUAUGUUGUUUCAUAGCAAGACAUGUAUUGAGAUUUGGGUGAUGGAAAAGUUUGGAUUUUGGACUAGAAAAUUGGUUGUUGAAUCCACUUUGAUUGUUAAAAGACCAAUUGGAUAUGGUGUUAAUGGUGAGAUUUUGGUUGAAACUACAAGUUCAAAUCUUGCAAUGAUUGAUCCAAGAACACAAGAGAUUGUUAAAUGUAUUGGACCAUUGGAAAAUGGCUACACUUUGCAAGUUCUUGUUUACAAAAUGAGCUUAGUUUCCAUCAAGAAAUUGAGUACUUGUAACUUAAUCCGAGGUUUCGAGUUUGAGCGGAAGCAAGUAUCGGAUACUGUGUGAGAUACAAGUGGAAAAAAAACUUGCCAUGAUCGAUCCACGAACACAAGAAAUUGUUGUGUAUUGAACUAUUGGAAAAUGGCUACUCUUUGCAAGUUCUUGUUUACAAAAAGAGUUUAGUUUCUAUCAAGAAAUUGAGUACUUGUAACUUAAUCCGAGGUCUCGAGUUUGAGCAGAAGCAAGUAUCGGACACUGUGUGAGAACAAGAGGAAAAAGAACUUGCCAUGAUCGAUCCACGAACACAAGAAAUUGUUAAGUGCAUUGGAUCAUUGGAAAAUGGCUACUCUUUGCAAGUUCUUGUUUACAAAAGGAGCUUAGUUUCCAUCAAGAAAUUUAGUACUUCUAACUUAACCCGAGGUCUCGAGUUUGAGCAAGAGUGAGUAUCGUACACUGUGUCAGAAUAUGAUUGAUCCAAGAACAUAAGAAAUUGUUAAGUGCAUUGGCCCAUGGGGAAAUGGCUACUCUUUGCAAGCUCUUGUUUUGCAAGAAUGAGCUUAGUUUCCAUCAAGAAAUUGGCAAGCGGUAACUUAAUGUCUUAAUCAAAAGUCUCGGGUGUAAGCCUAGAGAAUGGAAAGAAUUUCGGAGGUAAGGAGUGAUUCCUCCUUUAGUGGAUGUUACACAACGUGAGUCUGAAUGAGUCUAAUAUCAUUUGAAUUUUGAGAGUCAAAUAAGUUUUUAUUUUAUUGUAAUAUUUCAUAUAUUCUUUUUAAAUUUUAAUUAUUUUGAUAUA